UAUGCUAACACACGAGAUAUCCAAAAUAAAUGGUUUGCUCCAACAGAUAUAUGCAUUCCAUUUAUUUAAGACUCUGCCAUUUACUACAGUAAAGCAAUUCUUCCUCAACAGUUUUACCUAGCAUCUCUGCUGCUAAGACAUAUUAUACAAUCAAAAUUAACAGGCAUCAUAAGUGUUUUUAGUGAUAAGUGGGAUCUUUGAAUUAAGGGAAACAACAGAAACCAAUACAAAAUCUAUUAACAUCUACACACCUGGAUAAUUGAUAGGAGAUUUUGAAUGUGUGAAUUUCUUCUAAACCAGAAGAUCGCAGGCUCUAUGCAUAAGUGAUGAAGGAGCAGUGCUCGUUUUCGAGGGAGUUUAUUUUCUGAACUAGAUCUUACCUAAUAUUAGAAAGAACUUUGUAACCAAAAGAACGAAUGAGAUUAAAUAAACUUAGAAAAGUAUUUAGAUGAAAAAGACAUUAUAAAGGAUAUUCCCAGAGUAGCCGAUUGAAUAAUCAACAUCAUCAUAAUAAUAACUCAAUUAAACAAGCACCAAGCAUUUUCGAUUUGCUAAGUUGGCAAAUCCUCGCUUCUUCAGGUUAAAACAGACUCCUGAAAAGUAAGCGAAUCUUUAAUAGAAUAGUUUAAGUAUUAAUAGAUCUUAGUAGUAAUUACUGACAACUAAAAGUCAUAAGAAAGUAUCUAUAGUAUCAUUUUCAACGAAGUAGGAACUGUUUUAAGGAAACAUCAAAGGAAGAUUAUUAAGGAAUGAAUUAUUAAAUAAGUUUAUCAAUUAAUAAUCUGAAUAUUAGGAUGUGGUGUAAAAAUUAAGAAGGACAUAAUCCUAAUUGGGUAUGAAUAAAUGA